ACCCAGCCCUACUAGCUCCUCAAGGGAGAAAUUGCCGUUUAACUGUCAUCCAAGAAUAGAGAAAUGGCUACAAUAAAACUUGUGAGGAUGAGGAGAGUGUUUGUGUUUCAUUGGGAUCGUCAUUACAGUUACAUCACUGAUUUUCUAAUUCACCUAGAGAAGGGAUUUCAAGAAAACCGUAUGAUCAGAAUCAGAAAUGUAUCAUACCGAAAUGAGUGAUAUUCUUAAAAAUGGAAUCUAUGAAUUUUAUAUGAAAUUCAUGUGAAAAUUUAAAACCUGUAAUUCUGGUAGAAAUAUAUGGAGUAACAAUGCAAUUUCCCAGUUCAAAUAACACAAUGCCAAUAACAUCCGUUGCCAAUCUCAAUCUGAGAACCUUAUGUGGGCAGGGUGAGUUGAAUGGGAUGCUACACAUUCUGCUAACAGAGCACAACACCCCUGGAGAGUCCAACACAUAUAUUCGAUUAUUGCAGAUCUGCGUUACCAAGAAGGCGCUUUCACAAGGCAAACAAACCCACUCUCUCAUCAUUCAAAGGGGAUAUGGGAACGCUAUACAAGACAAGCUUAUCAACAUGUAUGUUAAAUGUGGUAGUUUGAUGGAUGCUCGAAAAGCUUUUGAUGACAUGAAAGAAGAAAAACGAGACGGCUUCUCAUGGAAUGCCAUAAUUGCAGCUUACAGAAGACAUGGGUAUCCUCACGAGGCAUUGAAUCUGUUUCACCAAAUGCAACGAACAGGGGUUCAACCUGAUCAGUUCACCUUUUCCAGCAUACUCCAAGCUUGUUCCAAAAUAGGAGCUUUAGAGCAGGGUAUGGACAUCCAUCAAAGCGUAAUGGAAAGGGGAUAUUUAUCAGAUGUCGUAGUUAAGAAUUCCCUUAUAGAUAUGUAUGCAAAAUGUGGAGGCGUACACAAAGCCCGUCAAUUGUUUGACAAAAUGCCUCAAAAAGACGUGGUCUCGUGGACAGCAAUGAUUGCGGGAUAUUCACAAAAUGGUGUUCUUGACAAGGCUGUAAGACUUUUUGAAGAGAUGCCUCUACUGGAUGUUGUCUCAUGGAAUGCCAUGGUUGCAGGAUAUAUACAAAAUGGUUUUGCUGGAAAAGCGUUGGAUACGUUCAAGCGAAUGCAAUUGGCUGGUUUUAAGCCAAACUCCACAACCUUUUCCAGCAUCCUCCCAGCCUGUGCCAAUAUGGGAGCUUUAGAACAGGGUAUGGAAAUCCAUCAAAGUAUAAUCGAAAGCGGAUUUUCUACUAAUGUUGUAGUUUUGAACUCUCUGAUAUACAUGUAUGCGAAAUGUGAGAGGAUACACACGGCACGUGAACUGUUUGAUAGAAUGCCUCAAAGAGAUAUGGUUUCAUGGAAUGCGAUGAUUACAGGAUAUGCACAAAAUGGUGUCUCUGACCAGGCUUUAAAGCUUUUCAAGGAAAUGCCUCAACCAGACGUCAUCUCAUGGAAUGCCAUUGUUGCAGGCUAUGCGCAAAGUGGGCUUGUUGAAAAGGCCAUUGAGACUUAUAAGCAAAUGCAGUUGGCAGCUUUAAAGCCAUGCUCCGCAACCUUUGCCAGCAUCGUCUCAGCCUGUGCCAAAAUGGGAGCUUUAGAACAGGGUAUAGACAUCCAUCAAGACAUAAUCGAUAGUGGAUUUUUGUCAGAUGUUAUAGUUGCAAGUGCUCUUGUAGACAUGUAUUCAAAAUGUGGGAGUCUACAAAAGGCAAGGGAGGUGUUCGAUCAAAUGCCUAAAAGAAAUGUCAUUUCAUGGAAUGCUAUGCUUGCAGGAUAUGCACAAAAUGGCUUUUGCAAAGAUGCUCUCGAACUGUUUGAACUAAUGAAACAAUCUGGAACGCGCCCCGACCAUGUAAGCUUAGCUUGUGUUUUAUUUGCUUGUAGCCAUGCAGGUUUAGUGGAUGAGGGUUGUAAAUACUUCAAUGACGUAAGUGACUCUUAUUGCAUUACGCCCACAAUUGAAUGUUAUGCGUGCAUGGUUGACCUUCUUGGCCGUGCUGGCUAUCUAGUGGAAAAUCUGAACUUUAUCAUCAAAAUGCCAAUUAAACCCGUGGCGGUUGUGUGGAUGUGUUUUCUUGGUGCUUGUAGAUCACAUAAGAAUACAAGUUUAGGAGUAUUUACAGCAAACCUUCUUUUUGAGCUAGAACCAAAAAAUGCUGCAAUAUAUAUCCUUCUUUCCAACAUUUAUGCAGAAGUGGGCAGGUGGGAUGAAGUUCAAAAGGUAAGGAGAUGGAUGAAAGAUAGAGGAAUUGAAAAGAUACCUGGAUGCAGUUGGAUUGAAGUUUGUAAAGUGGUACAUAUUUUUUGUGUAGGAGACAGAUCACACCCACAGACACAGGACAUUCAUGAUAAGUUGGAGAAUUUGUCUUUGGAGAUGAAGGCAGUGCAGCAGAGUAUUUUUCAGCUCGAAAAAAAUCACUGAAUGGCAUGCAGGAAGAGAAAGAAUUAUUGAUCUGCCAACGUAGUGAGAAAUUAGGAAUUGCACGUUACCGUCAUAUAUCUCAAAAAUCUUUUUGUGUGUUCACUGCUACACUAUAUCCAAAGGUUUUACUUUUAUCUGCAAGAUUGUUCCAAGACAAAUUAUUGUGAGGGAUGUUAAGUAUUUCCACCUUUCCAAACAAGGAUAAUGUUCUUGCGGAGAUACCUGUGAUGCUAAUUGAAGACAUCUAUGAACAUGAGCUUACACUAUAACAGGGUGCAUCGUGUCAGACCUGCAGUGCUGAGAAGGAAUGGGGAUUUUAUUUCCAGUUUCUAAAAGAGCUUUUUUGUGGCCUCUGGAAAUCCCGAUCAUGCUGUUAUCAAAAAAUCACAUGCAUAGUACGCGACGUGCAUGACCAGGUGUAAGGGUAUUUUUUAAUGCCUUGUUUUAUGACCAACUGUUUUAUAAGAAGCCUGCAAAUCUCUAAUAAAAAGCUAGAGGUGGAGAAUGAGAAAAAGCUAAAGGAGACGAACUUGUAAAGCAGAUGAAAGAUGGUUGGCCUACAUAAAAUGUGAGAGAGGGGCUUCAAAUGAAGAAUAAAGUAUCGUUUGAUUAUUUUAUCUCCUUCAGCCUCUGCUUCUUGUUUGAUUUAAUUGUAUUAUCUUGUUACUGUGUCAGGCCUUCUAUAAUUGUAUUAUCUUGUUACUAUAUCACGUCUUCUAUUUGAGAUUAAAUUAUGUAUGCCAAU